AUGAAUUGGUUUGGUGAAGUAGAAACCAGAGACAACCAGUUCGGCUACCUGAUCAAAAACCCAGGACACAAACUGAAAGCCAAAACACCAUUGCAAAUUAAAUUCUACAUUCGGUACGAUCCAAAGGGACCCAUACCAAAAGUUGUCGGUAUUAGAUUGAAUGCUGUCGUCAAGUGUCCUGAAAACGGCCAGGCAACAGAAGCUCCUCUAGGAACUCAUCUUUUUACCAACAAACCUGAUAUGAUUGAUCCGCUAGCUGUAGGGCAAGAAUCCUUUCCAAGUCAAGGAGGAAUGCUACCGACUGCAACAUACCGACCUUCUGUAGGGACGGGAUCAAACUCUGAAACCGAUGACUUUUUCCGUGGUGAUUACUUUGAACUGCUAAAACCGGGAGCCGCAAAACCAACUAUACUCGACAGCGUCACUUGUGGGACAGUGGUGAAACAACCAAGACCUCUCAUAACUCACGGCCAAGCAACGCAAGAAGGAGAAUUUCCAUGGCACUCGGCCAUUUACCAUUCCCAAGGUAUCGACUUGACUUACAUAUGCGGAGCCUCGUUGAUCAGCACCAAACACUUGAUUACUGUGGCUCAUUGCGUGACCAGGAAAAAAAGUCAAAUGCCAAUAAAUGCCGACAAUUUAGUCAUCUAUUUAGGAAAGUUUUAUUUGCAAGUUUGGAGGAGUCCUGGGAUUCAAGACAAACGCGUCGAUAAAAUAAUGGUCCAUUCGAAAUACAAUCCGCAAAGUUUCAGCAACGACAUUGCCAUUUUAAAAUUGACUGAACCUGCAGAAAUUACUAGCUACGUGAGACCGGUUUGCUUGUGGGAAGGCCAAUCAAACUUGGAAUUUGUAGUAAAUCAAAUGGGAAGUGUUGUUGGUUGGGGAUUCGAUGAAACAGGACAUGUAACAGAACAACUUACCAAAGCCCACAUGCCUAUAGUUUCUCAAGAGACCUGCAUCUAUUCGUUUCCAGACUUUUAUUCCAGGUUUACUAGCAGUACUACUUUUUGCGCUGGAUUUAGAAAUGGUACGUCGGUGUGUAACGGUGAUUCUGGAGGCGGUUUGGUGCUGCCCAAAAACGGUUCCGACAAGCACAAUCCGGUCUGGCAAAUCAGAGGAUUGGUUUCGAUCAGUGUUGCACUUCAGAAUAAGUUCAGGUGCGAUUCUUCACAUUAUGUUGUGUUUACGGAUGUUGCUAAGUUUAUGGAUUUCAUUGACUAUGCCAUGAAACAGUAGAAUGUGUGCUGUAUAUCCAUAAUGGAUAAUAUGAUGGUAAUAUGCUUUUGAUGUUGUCCUUGGACACUGUGUUAGCUCAAGAACUGGGACAGUUUCUAUCAUACAUAGAAAAAGAGAUAGACAGACAACAGACAAAAUUUACACUAAGUUUGCCAUCAAUUUUUUCUUGAACCUUCCGCUCGAUUUCGAUAAAUUUUUCAUAGAUUGUAGCUCGAUUCUUCAGGAAUACAUCUGACGUAUUACCGUUGUUAAAUGAUUCGUCUUUACAUCAUUUACAGGGAUGGAAAGAAAGUCAGUAAUUUUCAGAAACACCCAAAGUCUGUUGAAGGAUAAAUUGGAGAAGUCCUAAGCCUUGGUUAAGAAGUGUGAAGGGAGAGUUUAGUUUAGAUGAAUAACAUUCCACCAAAUGGAAAUCAUGGAAGAGUCUUUCCAUUUUCCAAUCCCCCUGUAUAUCUGUGAGCAAUCUUUUCACAAUAAAUUGAUCGGUAAAACUGUGAGCAAUAUUUAACUUGAA